AUGGCGGCGCGCUCCCGGCGCCCGUGGCUCAGCGUGGCGCUGGGGCUGGUGCUGGGCUUCACCGUCGCCUCGUGGCUCGUCGCCCCCAAAGUGGCCGAGCUGAGCGAAAGGAAAAGGCGAGGCGGAGGAGGAGGAGGCGGCGGCGGCGGCGGCGUGAGUUCCGCCGGGGCGGGCGUCGGCGUUGUCGGCGGCCGCCUCUGCGCUUUCUACGGCCGCGCGGCUGCUUUUCCCGGGGACAAGAGGCAGCUGCGCCCUGAGGCUGCUGAAGGGGAGAACCAGAGGCGGGAACCGCCGCUCGCGGAGGGAGAGCCCACGCCCGCUUUCGCCGUGGCAGCCGCCGGAGAAGGAGACCCGUCGCCGCCGCCGCCUCCGGAGGCGGAGGAGGAGGAGGAAGAAGAGGAGGAAGAAGGCGCCGGGCGCCACGGCAGCAGCAGCCACAACGGCAGCGGGGACUAUGCGGGCGCGCCGGGCUGCGCGCCCAGCGGCCGCUUCCUCUACGUCGGGGUGAUGACCGCGCAGAAGUACCUGGGCAGCCGCGCGCUGGCGGCGCAGCGGACGUGGGCCGCCUCCAUCCCCGGCCGGGUGGAGUUCUUCUCCAGCGAAGGCUCAGUGCCUCCGGUCGCCUCGAGGGGGGAACGGCCGCUGCCCGUGGUCGCCUUGCCCGGAGUGGACGACUCGUACCCGCCGCAGAAGAAAUCCUUCAUGAUGCUCAAGUACAUGCACGACCACUACCUGGACGCCUACGAGUGGUUCAUGCGCGCCGACGACGACGUCUACAUCAAAGGGGAAAAAUUGGAAGAGUUUCUUCGGUCGCUGAACAGCAGUAAACCUCUCUAUUUGGGCCAGACAGGACUGGGAAAUAUUGAAGAACUCGGAAAACUGGGCCUUGAGCCAGGAGAGAAUUUCUGCAUGGGAGGACCUGGGAUGAUCUUCAGCCGCGAAGUUCUUAGGAGGAUGGUGCCACAUAUAGGUGAAUGCCUUCGAGAAAUGUACACUACUCACGAGGAUGUGGAAGUGGGCCGAUGUGUUCGGCGGUUUGGUGGAACUCAGUGUGUCUGGUCGUAUGAGAUGCAGCAGUUGUUCCAUGAAAACUAUGAACACAACCGGAAGGGUUAUAUACAAGAUCUUCACAACAGCAAAAUCCACACAGCAAUUACACUUCAUCCAAAUAAAAGGCCAGCCUAUCAGUAUAGGCUUCACAAUUACAUAUUGACCCGUAAAAUUUCAGAAUUGCGUUAUCGUACCAUCCAGCUUCACCGGGAAAGUGCCCUCAUGAGCAAGCUCAGCAACGAUGAAAUCAGCAAAGAUGACCAGCUUCUUGGAAUGAUGCCGUCUUUCAACCGCUUUCAGCCACGUGACAGGAAUGAAGUCAUUGAGUGGGAAUUUUUGACUGGAAAGCUGCUUUACUCAAUGGCUGAGAAUCAGCCACCUAGACAGAGCAUUAAUAGCAUCCUGCGGGCAGCAUUAGAUGAUACUAUAAUGCAGGUAAUGGAAAUGAUCAAUGAGAACUCUAAAUCUAGAGGGAGGCUGAUUGACUUUAAUGAAAUACAGUAUGGGUACCGUAGGGUUGACCCUUUGCAUGGUGUGGAAUACAUUCUGGAUUUGCUUCUUUUGUAUAAGAGGCACAAAGGAAGAAAAGUCACUGUUCCAGUCCGACGCCAUGCCUACCUUCAACAAUUAUUUAGUAAACCGUUUUUCAAAGAGGAAGAAGAGCUGGAUGUAAGAAGCCUGGUAGAAAACGUGAACAGCGACAUGCAGUCUUUCUCCUUCCUUUCUAAUUCUCUGAAAAUUUUUUCAUCACUCCAAGGCACCAAAGAAAUAGGGGGAAGCAGCGACAAGAAGAUUCACAUUCUUGUCCCUCUCACAGGGAGAUACGACAUAUUCCUAAGGUUUAUGGAGAAUUUCGAAAAGACCUGCCUUAUUUCCAAGCAGAACGUAAAGCUGGCAGUCAUUCUCUUUAACUCUGAUUCUGGUCAGGAUUCCAGCAAACACACAGAGCUGAUCAGUGAAUAUCAAAAGAAGUAUCCUGUGGCAGACAUGACUGUCAUUCCAAUGUCGGGAGUUUUCUCUAGAGGUUUGGGUCUUGAAAUGGCCUCCUCUAAGUUUGACAAUGACACUUUGCUGCUAUUUUGCGAUGUUGAUCUGAUAUUUACCCCCGAUUUUCUCCAGCGGUGCAGAGCUAACACCAUUCAAGGACAACAGGUUUAUUAUCCUAUUAUUUUCAGUCAGUAUGACCCCAAAGUAACACAUGGGGGCAACCCUCCAGCGGAGAGCAACUUUGUUUUCACAAAGAAAACUGGGUUCUGGAGGGACUAUGGGUUUGGGAUUACCUGCAUUUACAAAAGUGACCUUGUGAAUGCUGGUGGAUUUGAUACCUCUAUUCAAGGCUGGGGACUUGAGGAUGUAGACCUCUUUACUAAAGUAAUAAAUUCUGGACUUAAGGCAUUUAGGAGCCAAGAAGUGGGAGUUGUACAUGUAUUUCAUCCAGUUCAUUGUGAUCCCAACCUAGAUCCUAAACAAUACAAGAUGUGUUUGGGGUCCAAAGCAAGUACAUUUGCCUCUGCCAUGCAACUAGCUGAAAUAUGGCUAGAAAAACAUUUAGGUGUCAGGUAUAACCAAACACUCUCCUGACAUUCUAACUUGCUCUGCCAUCCUAGGGGAUUUUACCUCAUUCCUUCUUUCUUUUUGUUUGUUGCAUUCUUACAACUCCAUUUUUGUCUUCCAAAGGAUGUGUUUUUGACCUCAAAUGAACAGUGUGUGCGAUCAGGAACAUUACAGAUUCCUACUGAACUGAUUCAUUGUGGUGUCUUUCUACUCCCUUUGAUCAAUAAACUGAGUGAAAUCAUGGCAAUCAAAUAAUCCCACGGGGCACAUCCAUCACAUGGAGCUGCAUCAGAAGAAUGUUCUCUUUGGGCUUUAGGGUGCCAUAUCAAUCUUCAUCAUGUCUGUCAAACUUAAUGUGAUACAAAUAUUUUCUGGUGAAGAUACCACAAAAGUGCUUUAUGCUUCCUCUGGGAAAGAGACUCUGCCAAACUUGAGUUUUAUAAUUUAUAUGAGAACUAAAAUAAACAGUAUUAUCCUUCAUCUUUAUAAUUUUUAAAGUAAACAAAUAACUGACCAUAUCUCUAUUUUUUUAAGAAAGAGGAAAAACCACAUACAAACUGAGGGUUUUCUUUCCAAGUGCACCUGGUACUGGCUACCAAGAACCUUAAAUGUCGUACGCGAAUGAUCUCCUUAUUACCGUCUACUCUGAAUGCAAUUGGACUGUGUUUUCUCAAGGAAGCAUGACUUAGUCAAAUAUUUACAAAUGCUGAGAAGGUUUCUGAACCAAUGUCCUUCAUUUGCUGGCAAGAAGAAAUCAUGACACAAUGUGGUUAUUUAUAAUGAAAGUACAGACACCAUAUUUUUUUUUGUCAAAGACAAGAAUAUGUUGCUUUGUCUCUGUUUAGAAUGAGCCUCUAAUAUAUAAAUAAUUUUAUAUUUUGUUCCUUUCAUAAGACUGCACUUGAUACAAAGGGAAAUAAAAGGGUACUUAAUAUUGUCUUUUUAUAAUUGUGCAUUAAUAUUGAUAUUCUGAAACAAUCCUUGUUAAACUUAAAAGGAAAUGUAAUUAUUUAAGUAUGAAAUUACUAUUGCUGGUCAAAGUUCUUGCCAAUAUAUUUAUAUUAGUGAAGAUUUAUAGGAAAUGGAAUGUGUUAAGAUGUCUCUCUGAAGAAUACAGAAAUGUCAAGGUAUAUUGGUGGAACACUGAAUGGAAAAUCAAUUAGAUACCAAAAUGUUAGGUCUGUUUUUUGUAAAAGAAAAGGAAUAGCCAUUUCAAACCAUUUCUUGCCCAAAUUCUUUUAAACUGCAUUUAUGACAGAGAGGUAGAACAUUUUGUAACAAAACUGUUCUAGGAAUCGAGAGGACAUAUCCAAGAAAUUUAAAAGAAUAAAAAAUAAAUCAAGAUGCAUAUCUAAUAUAAUGCAAUCAACAGGGAAUCUGAGCAUAUAAUAUUUAUAGAUGUUUUAAGGAAGUAACCCCCCCCUUACAAUAUGUGUUCAAAUGCAUCAUGUGUAUCUCUUUCGGUUAUAAUAACCUUUGAUCCUAUUUCCAUAAGUUUCCAAUGAAUCACAAAUCAGCAAAUGCCACACUUGAAUGGGCUCAUAAAGCUUGUAAGGGAAUGAAGGGGAAUGCCCUUCGGCGGCAUAAAAAUGUGUAUCCUCAAAACUCCUUUUUAAAAAAUGACAAAGUCCUACCUAGCAAUCAUGUAUCUAGAUACCCUUAAAUCAGCAUGAAUUGUAACUGGAGAGACAUCACAUAGAGGAUGUAAGAACUAGUAGUGAAGAAAAAUAUUGUGAAUUGAUUGGAAUAUUGUGGUCAGAGCAACAUUGUCCCCUGAGUAUUAUCACCAGGUUCCCAAAGCCUUUUUCUGCCAUAUUUUAAUCUUCCAUUCUUCUCAGUGUUGGGGAUUCUUCAAUUAUGAUUUGCUGUUCCUGCUCUUCAUCUCUCAGAAUCUCCCUGCAGAUCUGAACAAUUACACUUCACAGUCAUUGGCGCACGUACAUAUUUCAUGGCUAGCAAUCCAUACUAGUUCAAAAACAAGUGAGGCACAACCUUCCACCAAGCACCAGCAGUUUCUCUCCUCUUGUGGUUGAGCACUGCUACAAGUUGCUCUCUGCAUUGCUUGUGCACAUCAUUGAAAUGAGGUUGGUGCUGUCGUGAAAUAACUAGCAUCUAGGGGUUUGUCCCUGACAUAUAUUUAGCCUAAGGUGUAAAACCUUCUGGCAGAUGACACUGUCGUAAAUUCUUGCAUGCAUAAUAAAAGUUUAGGUUCAUCAAAAACUUAACUAAUGCAAAAGCUUGAUCUGGGUAAGCCAACACAUUAGAUUGAUGUGUCCAUCACAGUACUCCCAUCGCCUUAUAGGAAGUCUGAUUAGGCAUCACUCAUUUUUCUGGCAUUUAACAAGAUGCUGAAAGGCAGAAGAACUCACAGUCUCAAUCCUUUGCCUCUGAAAUAUGUUGUUCCCCAGUUAUUGACAUGCAUGACCAUAUGUCAAAGCUAAAACCUUUACUUUCCAGGAUCUGCACAUUCUUAUGUUGUUCUGUUUUAAUUUAUCCAGCCAACCCAAGCUUUGUUUGAAACUCCAGAUAAUUUAUAAUUUGACUAUACAGUAUAUAUAUAUGUCAUUUGACUGUGCACAGCAUUUGAAAAAAUGAAGCUCAUUGCUGAUGGCAAAUAAGUCCUGACAGUCUGUUGUAAUUAUUCCUUUAUAUACAUGCUAAAAUAUUUGUGCUCACCUUUGAACUGAAUUUACAUUGUUUGAUCAGACUAAAUUGCACCAUAGAACAUGAACUGAACUGGGUGACUGCAGAGGGAGUUCUGUGUAUUAAGGACUUGCUGGAUCGGGUCCUGUGUUGAAAAAAAACCUUUAAAAUGUUAGUUCCUACUAUUUAGAGAUAUUUAUUUAGUGUAUGACGAAUUCAUUUGUUUAUAUGAUGGAUUUCUUUGUUACAAACUGGAUUAUAAAUGUUUGUUAUAAAAUAUUGCAUUGUGUUUGGAAUAACUGUUCUCAGAUAAAUCGUGGUAGCUAUUUUGUGGUAGCAGAUACCUUCUAUAGAUGACAUUGACAUAAUGGUUGUAGUCUAUUGGGGUUUUGCCAUGCCCAAAUCCUAAUGGGUGAAUAGGAGCUGUGCCCAAAAAAUUACAGCUGUUGUCCACUUCAAAAGAUCCUGCUGAAUUGCAGGUCAAUUUCUGAUGAGUUAUACCCAGAAUUAGAAAAUACAGCACAGCAUUAUGUUGUGAACAUACGUCUCAAAACUACAUGAUCUUACAGUUACCCCCUUUCUCUAGUGUCCUGUUCAAGCUUCAUUGCUUAUGUUUCUAGCGUGUCUUUUUGACAGUAUAGAUAGUAAUAGCCAAUUUCUCCAGACAUCCUGAAGAUAAAAUGAUAUAUUAUUUCUCACACAAUUCUCUAUUAAUUUAUGGUUGGAAAAAAAUGUGUGAUUUGAAGUGCAAAUGAAAACAGAUAUUUUGUCCUCUCAAUUCAAAUAAGUUUUCAUUGUAGUUUAAUUAGCAGUAUAUCUGGCAGAGAAACUUUGGUGCUAGCUAGUCAUGUUGAUUUGCUUGUGGUACACAUUUUAUGAGAGACAUAAUGAUGGUGGAAAGGUGUUCCCUCCUCUUGAAAGUUGGGAAUAUUGCAACUGAGAUCAACAGUCAUGUGGGACUUGGGACCCUGUUUUAUGUAAAAUUCCCAAUUCCCAAGGACAAAUGACUGCAUAUAACAGUAGGAUAUAUUCACUCCCCCCAUGCACACCCACAACUCAUUACUUCCAGAGUUGUGUUGUAAAAUACUAACCCAAUUACACAUUACCCACCCCCAUGAAAGCAGUGAGUAGGUUUUAAGGAGAGAAAAAAUUAAACCUGUUCAACAUAAUGCUUGUAUUUAUCAUUUCAUUUUUCCAGCAACUCUACCCCCAUCAUGUCUACCCUUGGCAUACUUCAAGAUGGUUAGUCAAAAAUGCCACUGACCUAAUUAGCCAGCAAUCUGACUAAAGCCACCGAUCCAAUUAAAAAUUUCAAAAGAGGGGGAAAGAGGAAUCAGGAAUGUGAGGUGAUAGGUGUGCUUUUCAAGGUGUAGUUCUGAGAUUUGUGAAAAACCCUCUGAAAAAAACCUACCUUUAAGUCCGCACCCCCAUUUUUUCAUUCCUGUUUGGAAGCAUUGUUCAGCUGAUGCUUUAUUGUCACUUCCCCCGUUAACAUGGAGUUGUUGAUAAUGUAAUGCAUAUGAUGGUUUCACAGAGCUACACAUCCAGUUGAAGUUGACUGUAUGCUGCCUUCAGCGAAGAAAAAUCUGUAUUUCCCCCACUCUGAACCGCCAAUCCAGCUUUAAUUGCACCAAACGACAUCUGGGCAUAGAUGCACAUGGUUGAA